GUUAAGGGGUGUAAAAAGUUUUCUGUUAAGGAUUGGACGUUGAAAAUUAUAGUUAGACUAAUAUAAUAAUUUCUAAAUCUGAAAUCCCAACACGGGACAGGACCGCUUCAAUUUCUGUCUUACUCGUUCUCGUUUCCUUAGUUUAUCUAUAUGCAAUUAUCUUGGCGAGGAUCUGGUGAGAAAUGUUGGUGGUUAAUGCUUUAACAUAAAAGGGGUUGUAGCAGAUGCAAUGGGAGCCUCCAGUGGACCAAGGCUAUCUGGGAUGCAGAAGCAAGUACUUAGUCUGUACAGAGGGUUUCUGCGAGCAGCUCGUUCCAAAUCUCCUGAAGAUCGGCACCAGAUUGAAUUAAUAGUAUCAACUGAGUUUCGUCAGAAUUCCAAGCAAGUGGAUCGAAAAAAUUUCGUCUACAUUGAAUAUUUGCUUCGCCGUGGUAAAAAACAACUAGAACAGCUCAAGAGCCCUGAUACUGUCAGAUUAUCAUCCUUGAAUGUAAGUUUACCUCAAACGAAUAAUUCUGAGAAUUGAAUGAACAAUUUCAAUUCAUUUCUCACAAUUCUGCCAAGCUGAAUUUUAUUCAAUCCAUUAUUGGUCUAAGAAGGCCUUGAACAUGUAAUGAAUAAUACUAGUACCAUUGAAAUAUUGUAUGUUGUGCCAUUUGUUUCUAAUCAGUCAUGGAUUUGAUUGGAUAUA